GUUAUUCUUACAUAACUAUAAAACAGUGCUAAAAUACUAUGUGUAGUUUAUGCUGUUGUACUAGUGUGAAUUGCGGACGAUGUCGAAAUUUAUGGCUAUUGCAUCAAAAAUGUGAAUUUAUCGACGAUGUCAAUGACUCUCGUGAAUGUAAUAAAUCUCGAUUAAACGGAUGUUAAAAAUAGUGGUAACGUUGAUGAACAUUUACCAAAAAUUCAAACAUCAAAAACAGUAUUGCUUUUUCUGGAUCACUGAAUCGUGAGGCAAUAUUAUCAUUGCCAAAAUUAGUAAAGAUCGAUUCUAAACCGGCAUAAUGUCAAGUUACCGGCCCGAAGCGCCGCCGAACACUACCAAAACACGUACAGUAUUUACAAUUGACAAUUUCAGUUCAACAUCCAAAUUAGCAGAAAAUAUUGGUAGUACAAACACAAUAAAUGAAAAAGAUGAACUAUACAAUCCAUUUGACGAAAGAAAUGUCGAGCAUCCUAACAGUGAUGCAGGUGCGCUUUUACAUUUAUUGAAAUCAUCACUGGGAACAGGUAUUUUGGCAAUGCCUAUGGCCUUCACGUAUGGUGGCUUUACGUUUAGUAUCAUUGGAACAUUAAUAACUGGAUUAAUUUGUACGCAUUGUGUACAUAUUUUGGUGAAAUCAUCACAUGAUUUAUGUAAACGUGCAAAACGACCAAGUUUAACAUUUGCCGAAACAGCAGAAGUAGCUUUUGAAUAUGGACCACUUGGAGUAAGAAAACUUGCAUCAUUUGCUAGAAUUUUCGUAAAUACAGCACUCGUAUUAACAUACUUCGGUGGAAACAGUGUCUAUGUUUAUUUCAUUUCGAAAUCUACUCAAGAAGUUGUUCAAUAUUAUAAAGGAGAUGAAAAAACAUUUGUACUGGAAGUAUACAUGGUUUUAUUAUUAAUUGUUUUAAUACCAUUAUGUCAAAUUCGUGUACUCAAGUGGUUGGUACCAUUUUCUGGUGUUGCCAACGUUUUAAUGUUCGGUGCAAUUACCAUUACAUUGUACUAUUUGUUUAAAGAUGGUGUUACUUCACCAAAUGAACGACCACAAGUUGGGCCAAUUACAGACUGGCCUUUGUUCUUCUGUACGGUUAUAUUUGCGAUGGAAGGUAUUGGUGUUAUUAUGCCGGUUGAGAAUAGUAUGAGAAAUCCACAACGUUUUUUGGGUUGUCCCGGAAUAUUAAAUAUUUCAAUGAGUAUUGUUUUAUCAUUGUACACAUUAAUGGGUAUAUUUGGGUAUUUAAAAUAUGGUACAAUUAAGGAACCAAUUACUAGUGAAAUACCAAUUGAUGAAGUACCUGGACAAAUGGCAAGAAUAUUUAUCGCCGUAGCUAUUACAUUCACAUACGCUUUACAAUAUUUUGUACCAAUGGAUAUUAUAUGGUCAUCAAUGAAACAAUCUAUACCAAAAUCAUACAGGAAUAUUGCACAAAUUUCCAUGCGAAGUUUAGCGGUAAUCGCAACAGUGGUUAUAGCCGCUGUUGUUAAUAAUCUUGAAUCACUAAUUGGUCUAGUUGGAGCAAUAUGCUUCUCAAUACUUGGUCUAAUGGUUCCAUGUAUUGUGGAAAUUGUUACUUGUUGGGAUGCAAAAGCUUUUGGAAUUGGCUAUUGGAAACUUAUCAAGGAUAUAAUUAUUUUACUGUUUGCUAUGAUGACAUUAGUAUCAGGAUCAUAUUCAAGUAUAGAAAACUUAAUUAAUCCAGGAAAUCCAGAAACUUUGGCAAAUAGAUAUUUUGUUUGGACAUAAAUAUUAGUCAUAAGUUUUGAAUAAUCUAGUCAUUUUGUAUUUGCAGUAGAAAUAAUAUUUACACCAAUAGUCCAUUCGACUAGAUAUCUUCAAUGCAACGUAACGCAUGUAGGGCAUCCGAAAAUCCUCAUCCGAAAUGGUAGGAGUCGAAUUUCUUGCAAAAUUAUAUUUUUACCAUUAAACUUUUUUACAAAAUAAAUUAAAAAAAUUAUUCAAGGUGGAAGCGAGUCAGUCAGUUAUUUUUGGAUUUACUCCGGCGUAUCUGUUCCUCUUGCCUCUCGCGUCUUCACCGAGAUCCUUCUCCACUUCUUAUUUUUACGUACUGUGUUUUUAACAACGUACUUUUGGAUAUUAAAAAUAGGCCAAAAGUGCACUCACUUCAUUGUAAAUAAUUUUUCAAAAAUUAAGUUUCAAAAAAAAGUCCAAAUGAAAAGAUAUCUAAAAAUUUUGCUGAGCAUUGAUUUGCCUUUUGAGACGAUGACUUUAGGAUGACCAUGUGUACAUAUAAAUAUUAACCUAAAUUCUGACAGUAUUUUAAAAUGAAUAACGUAAUUGUAAUUCGAUAAGAACACUAAAUGAAACAUUCCUACUUCGGUCUAGAAUAAAACCGAAGUUUAAAAUAUACAGAGAUUAUUAUUUAUGAUUACUACAAAAAUAAUAAAAGUUAUAAAUUUUCCCAAUACCUACAUCUAGACCUGAAAAUCAGACACAAAAAUAUGUCAACCAGACUGUGAUGCAUAUAUGAAAUCAAUAUAAUGAUUCCAUUUUAAUUAUGACACGCUCUUGGUGAGAUAACUGAAUGGCACGGUAUAUGUAAUAAUCAACAAUUCAUCGACAGAUAUUUCUAUCUCUCUAAAAGAUUUACCACCACAUAUUUAUCAAAUAAAUAUAGCCCGCUGAAACAACACUUUAAAAUUUUCUUUUAAUAAAUAUUCAUACUAGCUGAUAUUUUUCGUGGGCUGUUGAUGAAAUUUAUAUCGCCAAAAGUUCCUAUGAUCCAGAGUAAGAUAGCCUACAAGCACAUUUUCGUAAAAUAAAGGUUUCAGGCUAUAAUUAAAGUAAGUCUGUGUCGCAUAGUGAACAUAAUAUAACCUUCUACGCACGUAAUGCGCAGUCCUUUUGAGUUCAAUAAAACGUAUCGAGCACUAAAAUUUGUGAUAACAUGAAUAGAGGUAAGUAUAGGCUUUUGUCCUAAAUUUGGAAAAUUGGUUUAUACGUUACAUUAGUAUCUGAUUU